UAGGUUCUCGAAAGUAAUCAAUUGUCUUUUGUGAUAACUAUACCUAUAUUAUUUAUUAGGACACAAACAGGCAAAGUGAAAAUCCAUCACCUGUUCAAACAAGAACUUCUAGGCGUGGUGGUCGCGGACAACGUGGUCGUGGCAGUCAUCGUGGACGUGUAGGCCGUCUGAAAUCAUAUCAACACGCUGGCGGUCAAUACGCGAUAGGUAUAUGCGUGACCUCAAUCGUGAUCGAACCGCGCCAAGUGGUUCAGGUACUUCUCGGAGGAAACCUUACCAAUAUGCACCACAUCUUCAAUUUCUUCAACGUUGUUUUCAGCAGCGCACGACUCAUUCAAGCACACUCCCUCCUGAAGCAGAACCUCUUGAACAUGAGGAAUCAACCGAACAAUUGUCUGGACGAUCUACCGAUCAAACUUCGUUACCAUCUCAGUCACAGGAUUCUGCUCUGGAGUAGCGCCGCUGCCAAACUGAGACAUGUGCUCAGAUUGAAGAUACCGAGACCACUUCGAAGACCACAUAGAGUCUUUGAGGAUCUUGCACUGAUCUUCCGAGAUUGUUUAUUAAAAAUAGAGGAGGAGCAAACUCGGUAUAAGCAAGAGUUAACUACCAUGAUCAAGCAUGUCGGGGUAGUUUGUCGUCCAGAACCCCUUAACCAUAAUCAGCAGUUUCUCUUAACGUUAAGUCAUUGGAUGGACAGCAUGACUCCAAAGCAGAAUUGUGAUUGUCGAGUGACAUUGAUAAAAACUGUUUGGAAUAUUAAACACCCUCCACCCUCUCAUUUUGGUCCUCUGGCUCAGUCGUAUCCCCCAGCCACCUCCUACCCAACAUCCAUGACUUCUCCACCGGCUCACUCAUACAUUGAGCCACAUAUCGCUCCCCAGUCACAAAACUUUCAACAGUCACAAAACUUACCCCUAUCCCAAAACUUUCUACAACCACAAAAAAUUCCCCAUUCACAAAACUUUAGCCAGUCCCAAAACUUUCCACCAUCCAACACUUUACCUCCAUACAACAACUUCCAACAGGCCCAAAACAUAGGCACUGCACCAAACUUUCCAGCUUUCCACAACUUUCCAUCAACAUCCCACAACUUUAUUCCAUCCCAAAGCCAUCCACCAUCCCAAGGACAACCUACGUCCCACCAAUACCCAACGUCUCACACAUUUCAACCUUCUCAAAGCCAUAGCACAUCCCUCAGCUAUCAACCUGCAUCAACCUUUCAAGAGACUUUAAGCCAAUCUAAAUCACAGCUACCUUCCUAUGUCUCUGCACAAACACGUUUGCAAUCCCAAAGCACUGUUAGUUCUCCAACACGUCUACAGACACCAAGUCCGAAUGUGAUGUCUAUGUCGGCUCCAAAUAGAAUCUCCACAAACGACGGUAUUUCUACCUCCGGUUUUCCCACUCCCACCGCUUUUAAUACCCCUUUCUCAAACAAAUCUGUUCCAUACCAAUCUGGUACUGAUUCAUAUUCCCUUCAUACUCCACAACAACAGGGUGAAUAUGUCAGAUCGCAACAGUCGUUCAUGCAAUCACUCCUAGACCAAAGUGCAGAAGAUGAUGGGUCCCCAAUUGCAGCCCCAGGAAAGGCUCCAUUCACUCAACCACCACCCUAGUUAACACAAUAUAUAAUAUGUUUUCUUGAAGUUUAUAAAUGAGUAUGUUUUAUACUUUUAUAGUUUUAGAUUACUUUUAAGGAUGUUUCAGAUAUGUGUGUAAUUAUUGUGCACUUAUCAGCUUUCAGAAGCCCAUACAAGCUGCUAAAUAUAGGCAGGUGGUUUGAUUUCCUCGUUCGUACAUUUAGAUUUUCAAGAACUAACAUGAUAAUCAUAGCAGAUUGGACCCUGAAAAUAGUAAUUGUCCUUAGUAUUCAUGAUUACUUUAUCUCCAGGCCAAGAUGCUAAUGACUGACAGUUUUCCAGCUAGUUUUUUUUCCUUAUAUUAAGGAUAUAAAUGCCAUUCGUCAGCACAUGGGUCAGAGACACAGAGAUUAGCUACCAUGACUAGACUCAGGUUGGUUCAACUCUUUUACGGUAAUGGACUGCAAUGAUUAUGAUGAUAGUUCUUGUUUAACACUUGUGAGUGACACAGUACACAAAUCCAUAUUACUGUCACUUAUUCAGCACCUUGAGUGGUCUGCACAAAGCUGAUGACUUUUUCAGUCUUCCACCUGUUGUUCCAUUGCUAUUGUCUCGCUAUCGUGAUCCUCCAUUGUACACUAGCUUGAAAAGUAUGCAAAUACAAUACUAUAAAUGGCAUAUGUCAUUACUAUUUUCUUUGAUAUAAUGUCUCAUGCACAAGACUGAACACACUCAUUUUAUAGGGGUACUGGAGGACACACCUUCAGUGAUUACACUGAUUCUUUGCAUGUUGUGCCACCCACAUGACUGUAGUCUAGCACUUUUUACAUCAUAUUGAUGAUGCACAGUAGCCCUGUGUUUGGCAAGACAUGCAUAACAUUGAAAUAGCUGAUAAUGUGCACUUCCAUUUGCAUGUUCCAUGUCACCAUAUAACUUCUAUCCCGCUCAAGGAAGACAUGUCUCGCGGUGCAUACUGUAGUGUGAUGAUUCAGAACUUGGUAUGGGGUGGUAUCACAUAGCAUGUGCAAUCAUGAGAAUGGUGUACACUUGCAUCAUGUACUAAGGAGGAUCACAGUCACAGAUAGAACAACCUUUUCACAAUGGACAUUUUGCCAUUUCUACAUGUACGGUAGAGAUUAUCUUAUCCUUUUCUAAUGUGAAUUCUACU